AUGACCUCGCUCGCUGGCAAGACUGCGCUGAUUACUGGCGCCUCUCGUGGAAUUGGUGCUGAGAUCGCCAAGGCCCUCGCGGCCCGGGGCGCCAAUGUCGCGAUUGCGGCCAAGAGCGCCGAGCCCCACAAGACGCUCCCCGGCACGAUCCACUCGGUCGCCGACGAGCUGCAUGCGAUUGCCGAGCAGCACGGCAACCAGGCCAAGGCCCUGCCCGUGCAGCUCGACAUCCGUGACGACAAGGCGGUCGAGGAUGCGGUCGAGCGUGUCGCGUCGCACUUUGGUGCGCUCGACAUUGUCGUGAAUAAUGCCUCGGCCAUCAACCUCGGCCCCACGGUCGAUGCCAAGGCCAAGGUGUACGACCUGGUGAAUGGCAUCAAUGCGCGCGGUACGUGGCUCGUGUCGCGCUUUGCGCUGCCGCACUUGUACAAGUCCGCGGCGGACGGCCGCGCACCCCGGCUCCUCACCAUGUCCCCCCCCCUGGACAAGGGCCUGUUUGAGCUGGAGAACGGCGAGAUUGAGCACUCGUUUAAGUUCUCCAAGUCGCUCUAUGCUAUGAGCAAGGUCGCGAUGUCGACUGCCGCCUAUGCGCUUGCUGCCGAGACCAAGGCGCGCGGCGUCGCGAGCAACACGCUGUGGCCGUACACGAUGAUCGGCACGUCGGCGAUGCGCAUCGUCAGCCCCGAGGCUGGCGCCGAGCGCGGCUGGCGGUCGCCCGGCAUUGUCGCCGACGCCGCCGCGCGCAUUCUCGAGGAGGACGCGUCGUUCACCGGCAAGUUCCUCAUCGACGAGCUGUACCUGCGCGAGCGCCACCAGUUCACCACCGACCAGAUCGCCGAGUACAGCCUCGGCGGCCGCGACACGCCGAUCACCGAGCUGGAGGAGGACCUGUACAUUACGCAGCAGGUCCGCAACGCGGUCCGUGCCUACUACUAG